AUGUCCAUCAACAAGCCGCCCGCAGCCUCGCGCGUGCAGUUUGUGCGCAAAUCCACCGCAGCUACCAUUCCCGCGCGAUUUGAGACGGCUGGCUACGUUGUUGGGCCGGAUGGGACGCUGCACAAGGCAAAGGCGCGCGUGGGAUCUGGCCGCCGGCUUGGCCCAGGCACUUACGACGUCACGCACUUUGGCAGCACGAGCGAGCGGUUUCGGGACGACAAACCGCGAGCACCAGCGCCGGGCACAUAUACGGACCCGCGCACCGCCAUCACCGUCAGGCAGACGUCGGGCUUGAGCGGGCUGCCAUUCCAGCAGACAGCGCCGCGCUUUGAGGAACCGCACAUCAUCAGGGAAACGCCUGCGCCGAUUGAGUACAGCGUGUCGAUGCCUGCGGCCAGCAAAGGCGCCACAAGCGCAUUUCAUUCCACAGCGCGCCGCACGGAGCCUAUGUUCAAACGCGACACGUUCAUGACGCCGAGUCCCUUUGACUACCAGAGGGAGGAGGACACAACAGGGGCAACCUUCAAGUCUGGUGAGAAGCAGAACUAUCACGCCGCGUUUGGUGUUCGGGCGCGGCGUUUUGGCGAUUCAGAAUGCGACAUACACGUGCCACCGCCCACCAAGUAUGACGUCAGCGGUGAGCAAAAACACAGACCGGAAGGGGUGCCCAAGUCCCAACCACACCCCGCGUUUAGAAGCAGGACCAAGCGGACACAGCUCCCCGUCACAAACACAGACACGCCCCCGCCAAACUCAUACAACCCAAGCCCGCCCAAAAAGCAAGGAGGGGGACGCCUUGCUGAUCAUGAGCGAGAGCGGUUUCGCGUGCGUGUGUCUGAUGCGCCGCCACCGACAUCGUACAGCCCGCACCCAGCGGUUGCUGACAGCAUGUACAAGCGGUCGUUCAAUGCAACCAUCGAGCACAAUGCAUAGCGCUCGGAGCAAGCGUCGAGUGUGUUUGGUUGGGGGCACAUGUUUGGGGUGGGGUGUGUGCGGUUGGUAUUGCUUGUGAGGUCUGCGGUCAGUGUGUUUGACGUGAAGUUGAUAGUGACACGAGGCUUGUACUGGAUUGGGAUUGCUCGCAGUGUAAUGUGAUUGCUUGGCUUUGAUUGGGCAUUGCUGGUGGAACAAUAAAGGGAGCUACAUUGGA